AUGUUCGGCGCAUUCAAACCCAGCGCACCCCUCUCAGGAGGUCUAUUAUGGAAAAUCCCCUGGCGCCUCUCCUCGACCCGCAAACUCCGACAACGCCGCCGCCUGCGCCGCGUCGACAACGUCGUCUCAGUCCUCGAUAGCGCAUUGAAAAAGUCAACAUCCACACAAUCACAACCACAGCCUCAGAGCGAAGACAAGCUGCCCCCAUCAGCAGCAGGAACCGGCGCAACAAAAGCAGACCUCCAAACCACCGCUGAAGGCCAACGCCUCCUCUCCACCACCAACACACCCACCUCGCAAUCCACGCGCCGCCACGGCCGCGGGCCCCUCCAAGGCGAAUUCCUCCCCACCUCAACACCCAUCCCCGCGCAAACCCCCACCGGCAGCAUAACCCUCCAACGGCCCUCCUCCAUCCCCCUCCUCACCCGCGACUCCAACACGAUCAAGCUGAUCGCGCGCUGGAAAGCCGAGAUGCCCACCGAGCAGGAGAUGUUGCCGAGGGAUAAGUAUACGAUGUUUGAUAAGAAGGUGAGGGGGUAUCGGAAGGGGGUGCAUAAGUUGCCUAAGUGGACGAGGGUUAGUCAGAGGGUUAAUCCGCCGGGUUUUUAG